UCCAUUUUUUAUGUACGCAGGCUGCUCAGUGACGGAGCGCGCGCACGCUGAACCUGCUCACUUUUAUUAAAAAUAAGGAUAAAAAAUAAAAUAAAAUAAAACAGUGUGGGGGGGAAAAAACAGCGUGCGUGUGCGUGUGCGCGUGUUUGCGAGAAGAAACGCGCGCGUCCUUAUAAUAAAUAACCCGAAAGAAGAAAAAAAAAACGCCAUCGUGUCGUUCGCACCACCUUUCUGUCGGAUCUGUGUGUGCACGCGCCAACACUAAAGAGAAAUGUCUGCUCCAGCCCCUGCCGGCGCCCCCGCCCCUGAGGGAGGGAAUCAGCCUCCUCCCAACCUGACCAGUAACCGCCGCCUACAGCAGACGCAGGCUCAGGUGGACGAGGUGGUGGACAUCAUGCGUGUGAACGUGGAUAAAGUUCUGGAGAGGGACCAGAAGCUGUCAGAGCUAGAUGACCGAGCCGACGCGCUGCAGGCCGGAGCCUCUCAGUUCGAGACCAGCGCCGCCAAACUGAAGAAUAAAUACUGGUGGAAGAACGCCAAGAUGAUGAUAAUCCUGGGGGUGAUAUGUGUGAUUGUGCUCAUCGUCAUCAUCGUCUACUUCAGCACCUAAAGGCCGAGUUUCCUACCCCACCCUCUGCCUGAUUUACAGCUAUUCAAUCACUACUCAACAAACGAGUGUAAAUCUGUGCCCUCGAUGACCCCCUGUACGGACCCCGGUCUCUCUGCGUCCCCAUGUCUGGCCUCUGAGUGUGUGUGUGUGUGUGUGUGUGUGUGUGUGUGAGCGCAUGUGUGUGUGUCCCCUCUGUAAAUACCUCCCGCUUUUCUGAGACCUCUGAAAGCAGACGGUAAUCCUGGUAAAUCUCUUGGUGUGUGUACGACUCGUCCUUAUUUGUAGAGUUUUAUUUGUAGAGUUUGUGUGUGGGUGUGCAUUUGUAUUAUUUUUUUUUAUUGUUUUCUUUUUUGUAUGACUUCUUUGGCUUGAAAAAACUGCCUAUGAAUCUGUGUGUAUAUACCGCAUGGUGUGUUAGUUAUUCUAUGCUUGUAGUUUACUUCUUUAACCAAGACACUCUUCCAAAACCCAGUCAGUCUCUCUCUCUCUCUCUCUCUCUCUCUCUCUCUCUCUCUCUCAGUGCAUCUGUAUUUCUUUCUUUCUUUUCAACAAUAGACUUUUGUAAACUGCCACAGAAAUCAUUUGGACCAAUGGCGAUAGAUUUAUAUUUUUAUUAAGUCUGUAGUGUCUUAUCUCUUAAACAUUCCUUUAUCGCAGGGUAGAACAUUGCUGUCUAUAAAACUGAAACGCAUACAGGAAUAUUUUGCAAACAAUCUAUAAUUGGCAAAAAUAGUGGACGCACACGACCAAUAAAAUAAAAGUGGUAUCAGCAUGCACAAGAACCUCGUUUUUGAUGGCGCUUUUAAACCGAAAAAUAGUAAUAGUAAUAAUAAUAAUAAUAAUUUUAAAGUACAGCUGAGCUGCCAGCAAAAGUAAAAGCACACUGCUCGCAUAAUUUCAAACUUACAAAUUUUUUUUGUUUGGUUUGUUUCUCAAAAUUUUAUGAUUUUAGAUUUAUGUUUAUAUGUGGGAAUAGAGUAUAUUUGUCCUUUUUUUGCAUGAGGAAAAGGGACCAGAUCAUCACCUGGAGUGUGUGUGUGUGUGUGUGCGUGUGUGCAGGCGUGUGUCUGUGUUUGUUGAUUUUUGCUGUCUGGUUUAUACACUGCCAAGCACCCGGGGGAUUUUUGUGUGUUUUUUCCAUCCCUUUAUGUCCACACUGCUUGUACCGGUUUGCUUUUAUGCAUUCAAUGAUAUAACAUAAUGCCACCUACACACACACACACACACACACACACACACUGAGAGGACUCCAGUCACGUAAGACCGAUCUGUCAGCAUGAAAUGAGCCAGUGAUGAUGUGUGGAGUCACACGUGAUCAUUUUUAACACACACACACACACACACACACACAUGAUUGCCACCUCCAUUCUGUUCUCCCCUCCCCCAUGCCCAUAUGUGCAGAACAUCACUGGAUUAAAUGACAAGAACUAACCAGGUGAAGGCGAGUAGUUUAAAGGAAGAAGAGAGCAUGUGUGUGUGUGUGUGUGUGUGUGUGUGCGCGCUGAGGAGAUGCCAUCUUUGAUGCUCUUAAUUAUGUUAUUUCUUUAGAGAUAUGGAAGAAUAGCAUUAAAAAUCUUAGUUCCAAUAAUUUUGCUUGUUAUUUGCAUCAUUAUGGAAUCAAACCUCCUGAAACUCUGCUAUUCAAUUAGCGUAGCUUGCUAACCCCGAGCUUCCACGUCAGCUAAUUUCCAUGCCGUGUAAUGACACUCAGACUACAUAAACAUUUGGAAAGGUGAUAUAAUAAUUUACUUUUUUUAUUCUGUCCAUCAGUCAUCUAAUUAUACUCUAAAUAAAGUUCGUCUCACUAACUAGCUAGCUUGAUAUGAAGUGUAGCGCUAUUGCUUUACAUCAUUUUAGUGGUACGCAACAGCACUCAGACCGCGUAAAAUCCAAAUACAGUAGAUUAAAUAAUUCCUGUUCUUGUUUUUUUUCACUCAGCAAUCGAUCAAAGUUUUGGAAGAAGUCAUGCUGAAACUAUGAUAACUAGCUUGCUAGCUGCUGUCAAACCUUUAGCGAUAGCUUGUGGAGGUGUGCUGUCAUUUCCACUCUAUUUUUCUGAACAUCGCACACUCUGUUUCCAUCUUAUAUGGACGAUUGUAAGGAGCAUUCGUUUUUUAUGAACACGGACUCAUCAAUCGCAGAGCAGAAACGAUUUAAAACGACCAAAGACCUCGUCGUCUUGCUAACGCUGCCAAACUGCCAUCAAAAACAGGUUCAGGGAUGAAGUGUUUUCCGUUCACACCUCACGCUCCUCACUCAGACUCAUCACAGGCUAAAAGCCUCAAUCUGCUGAUCUCACACUUUAUUUUACUCGACCAGGAUUGACAGUGGACCUAAUUGAAGAAUAAAACAUGAUGGUGGUGAUGGUGGUUUCCGCCAGUCUUAGCCACUCAACACCGAUAGCACAACUUCAUUAUUUCUUCUUUCUCCCCUUGUGAUGCUGAUUUAUUUGUAGCUGUUAUUUUUAAAAAAAGGGAAAAAAGGAAAUGACUAUACUGUGUUCAGUGUUGUGCUGUGGGGUGAAUCUGGGGGACGGGGGUCCCAUUUGUUCAGGUACAUCCAAAAUUAACAUAUUUAAAUUAGGCUGAUUUGUUUAGCAAUGGGGUAGGAGUCGUACACUACGGACAAAUCAUCAUGAAAAGGAUUUGAAACAGAAUUAAUUUUAAAAAAUGGAUGUAUGUGCGAUUAACUUGAUUUCUGCUCUCUUUGUGAAGGGUGUGUGUGUGUGUGUGUGUAGGGGGAACAGGCACGGGUAACUUCACUGCUCCAGUCUGGUUAAGUUUGUGCAUCUGUUUGUGCGUCAUCGGAGGGAAAUUUAAAAAAAAAUUUUUUUUAAAUGCUGCGACUUCAUCAGAUCGGUUGUAACAUUUUCGCGUCCCACACAUGACGUCAUUUUGUUUUGAGCUCAAUUUGACUUUAUUUAAUAUUUUAUUUUGUUUUAGAUUUUAGUAAAGGCCACUUCAGGGAGCAGUGGGACAGCUUUGCUUUGGGGAAAGAGGAAUGAUUUAUAUUUAGUUUUGUUUUUAAUUCAAGGAAAUGGGUGGGGUGUUGUAGUAGUAGUAGCAGUAUUAGUAGUAGUAAUAAUAAUAAUAAUAAUAAUAAUGGAAACUGGAAAAAGAAAGUUGAGUUUUUUUCAGGUUCUGUUUGAGGAGUGGAAAGUUGGAAGCUGCAUGUUUGUGCAGCUAAAAACAGAAAUGCAUCCGAGAGUCAAUAUGCGAAGGUUUUUCAGGCAUCCGGGUGACGAUGGACGUCUCGUAGUAGCAAAUAAAAGCGACAGGACUUGUAUCUUAAAGGCAUUCCGAUAGAGGGCGUGUUUAGCUAGCUAGCUUAUUACAAUAUUAUUGAGGUCACACUUUGACGCAACCAAUCACAGUUGAUUCUUGUCUGCCAGGAUGUUUAGAAAUUUACUCGGUCUACGUCGAACUUCUUCGCGAAAUAAUAAACCGUCCAAACCAUGAUGUCAUUAUGAAUGAACGUGGAAGAAACCGCAAAAAAGCAGACAUUACUUUACUCUCUCAGAUUAUCCAGUCUCCUGAAUUCACUACUACGAGACAGAAAUACAAGCCUGGUUUGUGAAACGAUUGAAUCUCUUUAUUUAAUUCAGAAAUGUAGAUUUGCAUUGCCUCUGUUCGUCUGGCCUUUUCGGAGGGACCUGGUCAGAUAAACACAGGCAAGACAGCCUACAAAGCCAGAUUUUAUUUAUUUAUUUACUGACUUACUCGCUCUAUCCACAUAUUUGUCUUCACCGUUAACGUUUCAGAUCUUAAACAGGAUGAAAUACAACGUUGCCAGAAAACCGUUCGAUAAUCAGACAUCCACAGAAACAGUUGUAGAGUAAACCUGUCAAUGUCUAAUUAUAUCGAUGAACAUCUUGGGAUUAUAUAUAAAUAUAUAAAUAUAUAAAUAUAUACUGGGGAAAAUAAAUAAAUACUGACAUUACGAUGACCUGUGUUUAUUGUUCCGAGUUAGAAAUUACAAUGUGUGUGUGUUUGAAAACA